AUGGAGCUCAGACCCUGAGCUCAGUGGGCUCAAAUGAGUGGUUCCAAAUGUUUUGGCACCAUCACACAUCCCACACAAAAUAGGCAACAUGGUGGUAGGGCAUGGAGAAAUUUGGAAGAUCUAUACACAGACAACAUAAGUUGUGUGUUCCUGAGUUGUGUGUUGUGGCCAAUGUUGCAACAAUCUGCAUGAUGUUUUACGUCGUUGGUCAGGGAUUAGCCAGCUGCAAAGCAUGAUGGGAGGGGCUCAGCAUUCCAUUGCUGCACCUCUGUUAGUGUGUGUAGAGCGAGGGGCCCUGAGCUAAUUGGCAGGGAGGGUGACAAAGGUGGUCUGCUUCAGAAAGAAAGCGGGGUGGACCCGGAGGAGGAGGAGGGGGAGAAAGAGAAAUGAGAAAAAGAAUGUGCUGUUAUAUUUGAUUUGGAGUUUCACCUGUGAUGUGCUGAUGACAGUGAAGCCUUAUGUUCAGGUUUGGUGGAUCACUUUGAUAAAGCGGUGAAUGAGACAAGUGGACUGUAUUAUAUAUGAUUUAGGCACCUGUGGAUGAGGAUGAAUAAAGUGGAAAUGGACGAAAGUAUCAUGUCCUACUUGUCACAGAAUGACAUCGACAUCAACCCAAAGGACUUGAAUGUAGUGGCCAUGCUUCAAAACUUCUGGGAGCAAAAGCAUGGGGGUCACAUGGAUGGCUCCUCAACUGGAUCUCAAAGUUCUACGGGGGAGGCAACAGCCCAGACAGACACCUUACUCCUAUAUGAGUCUGCUUCUUCCCCAGGACCCUCAUAUGUCUGCUAUGUCACCCUGCCAGGAGGAAGUUGCUUUGGGAACUAUAAGCUAUGUGACACUCUGGCAGAGGCCCGUCGAGAUGCAGCACGAGUGGCCCUGAUGAACUCACUUGUCAACGAGCUACCGUGUCGACGUAUCAGCUCUCAGUUCAUCGCUCAGAGUCUGCAGCACGCCACCACAGACAGUGCUGUUUCUAUAGAAGAUGCAAAUGAUUCAAGCACAAGUAUUGGAACUUACAGUUUGCUUCUCCACUCUUACCUGGGUAGAACCAUGUUGGAGUUCCAGGAGAUGAUGAUUGUUUUCCAGUUGUUGCACUGGAAUGGAACACUAAAAGCUCUCAGGGAAAGACAAUGUUCUCGACAGAGUGUGAUUGCUUAUUAUACUCAGCGAGGCCUUGAUGAGCACCUACACAGCAGCAUGGCUCUGGAUUGGCUCGGUCGAGAGCAAAGGUCACCAGGCCGACUCGGGGAGGAGCUGAAGGUGGCGCAAAGGGAACUGGUGAUGGCCAGGAGUCGAGGGAUAGAACUACGCUUCUAUAAGGAGAAGAGAGGGAUCCUCUCUUUGGCUCUCAGUCAAGCUUAUAUCCACCACUCACCAGAGGUUCUCAGUCAGACACAUGAUGACAAGGAAGAACAGCUUCCUUUACAUAUAAUGUGUUCCCAUGAUAGAGAUAUGCAGAUAACGCCACAUUACAGUCCAUCACCACAACUUCAUGAAAACACAAACCAAGAAUUUUGUGAAAAAUGUGGCAGAAACUUUCCCUACGAUAGUUACUCAACCUGCUCACUUUGCACACCUGUGUAUUCUCUAAAUCGUAAUAUGGAGGAUGAAUGAGACAAUUCAUCAUACUGUAUGUCGGGGCUGUUCAACUGGCCAGUAGGUCCUUAAUAAAUAGUAUAACACUUGUUUCUAUACCAUAUAGAAACAGUGUGACAGUUUGAGUGGGUUUACUUUGACAAGAAAGUUGUGUAUUGUAUACACAAGAAAUCAGGGUAUGUGUGUUCAAGGAGAUUUGUGUCUAAAACACCAUGUUAUUGUCUGCAAUAAAAACAAUGCUGCUUUUAACAUUACUGCCUGAA